AUGGAAGAAAGGAACGUUCUUGAAUAUGCAGAAUUAAUAAUAGACCGUCAAAGGGAUAAAAUAAAUGAACUAGAAAAAAAGUUAGAAGAAUUAAGAAGUAGCAGUGAAGAGUUACAAAAAAAUGUAAUUAAAAAUGACGAAGAAAAUAAAACAUUAAGAUUAGAAUUGAAUAGGAGAAAUGAUAAUGAUAUGAUUUUAAGUAUGCAAAUGAGUAAAGAAAAUGAGCUUUUAGAAAAAAUGAAUUUCUUAGAAAAACAAAUACUUAAAAGAGAUACACUUCUUGAAGAAUUAAAAAAUUUAAUAAAAAAACGAAAAUAUGAAUAUGAAUUAUUAUUGGAAGAAAAAGAUAAUCUUAAAAAUACCAUAAAUACAUUAAGAAAUGAUUUAUAUGAGAACCGAAAGAAUGAAAAAUUAAAAGAACAAGAAGUUAUACAUAAUGAAAAAGAAAAUGAAAAGUUUUUAAAUUUAUACAAAAAUAAUAAUGAAGAAUUAAAUAUAACUAAAAGAUGCUUAAUUCAAAUAGAAAGUGAAUUAAAUAUUUAUAAAAAACAAAAUGAAAAUCAAAAAAAUGAAAUUCAAAAAUUAUAUAGAAUUAUUACGUGUAUGAAUAGAGAAAAAACAUUAAUGCCACCUGUAGUAUUAGCUUUACAAAAUGAAUAUAAUAUAAGAACAACAUUAACAAACAAAAAAGAAUAUAGUGCUCAAAUAAAAGAUAUCCAAGAUGAAGAUUCCACAUAUAUUAAUAGUACAAAAAAUAAUAAAAAGAAAUUAACCACGUUAAACCCAAUAUAUAAUAAGAUAAAUCAAGAUAAAGGUAAAAGAUAUGAUGAUGACAUACAAAGUAUUUAUGAUAAUAAUGAAGGUCAAGAUAAAAAAAAUAUAAUUCAAAAUAGUGAUAAAAAAAAAGGUGUAUCUAAAUUAAACUUUAUUCAAUUACAAGAACAAACAAAUUUAUAUAAUAAAAUAUUACAAAUAUUAAAUAAUUUACAAGAUAAAAAUUUGAAAGAUGAUAAUAAAAGUAAUUUCUUUUUCUUUUCAUCAAUGCUUUUACAUUAUUGUAAAAGUUCUUCAAUACAUAAAUCAACAUAUGAAAUAAAUAUAUCUUCUGAUCAUUCGAAUAGUGAUACCGCUCAAUCAGUAGAUACCUUUGAUAAUUCAUCAGCUAGUCAUUUUUCGUACAACUCAUCAAGAAGGAGAAGAAAUCAUUCUAAAACAAUAAAUCAUAAAAAAAAAAAUAAAAAAUAUUCAAAAUGGGACAACACAAAGGAAGGGAACAAAUUAGAUGACCCAUUAAAUAAGAAAGACGGAAAAAAGGAAAAAAGGAAAAAUAAAAAUUAUGGUAAGGAUAAUAGUCUUAGUGAAAGCGAAAUAAAUGAAAAUUCUGAUGAUAAUAUUGAUGACAGUGAUUAUUCGACAAAUUUUCAAAAGAACAAAAUGGGAACAGAUACAUCAUCUUUUGAUACAGAAACUCAUACAAAUAGUAUGAUAAAUAUGAAUAGUAAUACUACUACGAAUAAUGAAGAUGAUAAUUAUUUUGACAAGGAUAACAAUAAAAUUAAUAGUAAGGAAUCAUAUCCUAGAGGAGAUAAAAAUGGUUAUAUAAUACAUAAUAAUGUUAAUAAAAAUAAACAUAGAAAUAAUAAAAAAAUGAAUUUGGAAAAGGAAGGGAAAUUUUUAUUAAAUCCUUCUAAUUAUAGUGAACGAUUUAUAGGUGUUACAAGUAAACAAAUGUACAUAUAUAAUGAUAAAUGUGACGAUGAACCAGAAUAUGUAUUAAGAAUAGAAAAUUUGAAAAAUAUAAAAAUUCUAUAUAAUAACCAAAUAUAUGCAUUAGAGUAUAUGUCAUUUAAUAACAUGAUAGAGAAACAUUAUAUAUUUAUAAAAAAUCAUGAUAAAUGUAUACGAAUGUUUUAUGCCUUACAAUAUGCUGGUUUUAUUAAAACAGAUAUGAAAAAUUUUAUGCAAAGAAGAGAUUAUGAACAAGACAAUAUUAUGAAUAAUAAUAUACCUUAUGGAAAUAUGUAUCCUUAUGAACAAAUGGAAAGAAAUAUAAAUGUUCCAAUAGAAAAUCAACAAAUGAAAAGAAUUAGUAGUAAAAAAAGGAAAGAAAAAAUAAAUUACCAAGAUGAAGAAGAAUUUAAAGAUCAACAAGGUUAUUCUUCUAUUAAAGAAUUAGAUAAUACAACAAAUAUGAUAAGAGUAAAUAUCUUUACACCAAAUGGUGUUGAUAAAAAUGGAAAUAAUAUACCUUACUUAAGAAAUGAUAUAUUAUUAAAAGCAUAUAUAUAUGAUAACAUUUUAUUAUUUACAAAUUUUGUAGAAGAUGAUAAUAAAUAUUUUUUAAAAUGUGAUAAAUAUUACAUGAAAUAUAAAAAUGGGAAAUUCAUUCUUUAUUUUAAUGAUUUUGAAGAUCAACAUGUUGUCAUACCACAAAAUAAAGAUGAAAAUAAUAUUUUAUGUAACUUGUUAUAUAAAAUGAAAUGGAAAAACAUAUAUGAUGAAAAGAAUAUAAAUGAUGAAAAGAAUAUAAAUGAUGAAAAGAAUAUAAAUGAUGAAAAGAAUAUAAAUGAUGAAAAGAAUAUAAAUGAUGAAAAGAAUAUAAAUGAUCAAAUUAGUAAUGAUGGAAAUAUAGAAAACGAACGAAUUAAAGGCUCACAUAUGUCUUCACAUACAUCUAAUAGAAAUAUUCCAGGAAUAAAAUCUGAUAAUGAUGAUUCUCAUCAUAAUAGUAAAGAUAUUUAUGAUAACAAAAGUUCUAAUAUAUAUGAAAAGGAUAAAGAUAAUAAAAAAUCAAACAAAGACCUUUCUUCAUCUAAUCAAAGUAAUCAUAUUAUUGCUAGUAGAAAAAAUGACUCUACAUCAAAUGUAAGUAAUAUUUCAGAAGAAAAUCAAGGAAAUAACUUUUUUAUAAAGGAUAAUGUUCUUUAUAUAUCAAAAAAUGGUAAAAGUUUUAAAAAUGAUUUAAGUAAUGUUAAUGAAGAAAAUGCUUUCAGAUUUGAAACUAAUGAUUUGAUUGUUAUACGAAAUGAUGAAUUAAAAGAAUUAACAUUUAUGAAAAAUAAAGAAAAUAGGAAUGCAGAUACAUAUGUUUUUGAUUAUCCUAAAAAAGAGAAAUAUGACCAAUUAGUUUUUGAAUUACGUAAACAUAAUUUUAAUAUAACAAGCAUGAAUACAUAUAAAAAACUAACAAAUGAAACAUCAUCACAAAAAGAAGAAAAUGCUUCUAUAAUAAGUUCAUUCGAUGGAAAAAGUGCAAGUCAAUUAAGCAAGAAAGGUAUGGUAAAAGAUAAAAUUAUGGAAAAUAAUCAAGUGGUUGUUAUUGAAAAAGGAAUGUUAUCAAUUUAUAAACAUUAUGGGAAUGAAGGUUCUGUACCUAUAAUAAAAUUUACAUGUGAUUUCUGUGAUGUUCAAGCUAAUGAACAAAAUGGAGAGAUUAUAAUUAAAGAUACAUCAAAAGAUUCCAGUGAACGUAUUGUAUUAGAUUGUUUAAAUAAAACCGAAUUUAAUAGAUGGAAAACUGCAUUAUGUUUUGGUGGAUUCUUAAAAGGAGGAGAACAUAUGAAUAAUACAUAUAUGAAUUUAAAAAAGCAUAUUUUUUCUAUAAAUAUAUUUGAUAAUUAUUAUGUAAAAAAUCUAAUCAAAGUAGAAAAUAAUUGUGUAAAUAUAUAUCCAAAUGAUAAAUUUAUUAAACCUUUAUUUUCAUUUGAUAAAGAAAAAGUAGAAUUAGUAUUAAUGCCUGAAUUAAGAAAAAUAAGAAUCUAUAUACAAAGAGAUACAAUAUAUGAACAACGAUAUGAUGUUACCAUGUCAUUAGCACGAGAUUAUUUAAAAAUUAAAGAUGAUAUACUCAAAAGUAAUUUUCAUAUGUUAAACCAAAAAAAAACACAAAAAAUUAAAAAACCAUUUAUUUUAUGUAAAAAAAAUAUUAUUGCUAUACAUAAAGAUAAAUAUAAUUUAAAACCAGAGCUUUUAUUAGAAAGAAAAAAUUGUAUGGUCAAAAUAGAUAAAAAUAAUUUUUCUAUCUCUUUUCUUAUUAAAAGUCAAGUAGAUAAAAAUUUAAAUCAAAUUAAAACUAUCAAAUUGGCAAAUUUAGUCAGUUUUAAUAAGUGGAUGGUUACCCUAAAAUUAGCUUCAUUCAUUCCAGCUGCCAUAGAUUAUGAGGAUAAUAUUUCUUUCCCUUCAAUAACAUUUGGACAUACAUGUCCCGAAGCAAUCAGCUUGAUCAAAAGAAGAAGUUCUUUAAUGGACUUUUUUAAAAUUAAAUUAAAAAAAAAAGCACCACAAGCGAAAAAACCUAAAGAUAUGUUAGCCAAAAGACCACCAACAUGA